AUGGCCAGCGCCGGCGCCACUCGGGCACCGGCGACCUGCCCCUGCCCCCACCCCGGGCGCCUCCACCCCCCAAGGACCUCCCCAUGGCCGCGCCAUUGCAACGCCAUCCAUCCGCGCAUCCCUCCCCAGGCCAUUCCCCCGAUCGGGCCCUCCGAUGCCAAUGCCGCCACGGGCGACAGGGCGUGGCAUCGCUGCGCCAGCGCCCUGCAAGAGGGAAGCGUCACGGAAGCUUCAGGGCAGAAGGAGGAGGAGAAGGUGCCGAUGGCCACGGUGUCGCAGCUGGGGCCGUCCGCUUCCAGCGAGUGGGAGGUGGAUUUUUGCUCCAGGCCGCUGCUGGACGAGCGGGGCAAGAAGGUGUGGGAGCUGCUGGUGUGCAACGCCGACCGCAGCUUCCAGCACUCGGAGUACUUUCCCAACAACAAGAUCAACAGCAAGGAGCUUGCAAAGGCCUUCCAGGCGAUCUUGUCCAGGGAGGGCAGUGUUGUGCCGCUGAGAGCUAGGUACUUCCGGGGUCAAAUGAAGACAAUUAUCACGCGAGCUUUGGACGACCUUGGGAUCGAGGCAGUGCCCAGUCGAAGGUGCUUUGCCGUGAUGGGAUGGCUACAGGAGAGGCAGGAGAAUGUGUACAAGAAUGAUCCGCGAUACAGUGAGAAAGCACAGACACUGUUCACAUUCGACUUGGCUGCCCCUGAGGCGCUCCCCGAUGCUUACCGUGCGGAGGCGUGGAACUUUGUGCAGCUGCCACUGGGCACUUUGCUAGAAGAGCUGAAAGAAGUUGAAAAGAGGAAUUACUUUGGUGCGACAAUAUCACUCAGCGACGUUGGUCUCAGUGGGUUGCCUGAUGACACUCUCAUACCAGGUGUUUCUCUGUACAGCCGACGGGCUGAGCCGCUGGCGGCUUGGAUGAAUGGCUUGGAAAUCGCCACAGUCUGCGCUGACAUUGAUCGGGCCUGCCUUAUUCUGGAUACUGGUGUGAAUGAGCGUUAUGUGUAUGCGGCGUACACGAGAACAGACAGCACGACAGCAGAGGCCCUUGCCUGGGAACAAGCCAAGGAGGCAGCAAGGGGACUCCACUUUUUGGCUGUUCAGGCUGACCCAGAUGCCGAGAUAAGCUCCGGAUUGUGGCUGCUCCUGCAACGCGAAAUGCCAAACUAG